GUGAGGGAGGCGAGGCAGCGGCCGGGAGGUACCGCAGCGCACGGGGAACGCACACACCGUCUCCCGUUCCGCUCCUGUGCCCGCGCCUGGCUCGGGGCUCGGGGGACACGCAGGGACAACGCGGAGCGGCCGCGCUGCCACCGUGGCACCGGCGGCGCGCUGCGCGUCCCUGGCGGGCGCGGCCUGCGCCGCUUCCCGCUGUCCGUGCCGAGGGCUCCACCUGCAGCCGGGCCCGGGCGGGAGCCCAGCUCGGCCCCGCCGCCGGCACGGACGGACGGAGAGGGAGGGAGGAAGGCUCGGGCUGGCCUGCACGGCCGCAGGAACCCCCUCGCCCUUGUGGAAAGGGGCCCUCCUUGGGCCGGCAGCGAGCGCCGUGGGGUGGUGCCAUCGGAGCCGCGGGGUGACGGGUUGGAUGGGCAAGGUGUGUGCUGUUUUUGGAGGAUCCCGGGGGAUAGGCAAAGCUGUGGCAGAGCUCCUGGCAGAGAAGGGCUGCCGCCUGGCCAUCAUUGGUAGGAAUCUGGACGUGGCCCAGAGCACUGCCCGUGACCUUGGUGGACAUCUGGCACUUAGCUGUGAUGUAUCCAGUGAGCAAGAAGUCCAAAAGACUUUUGAGGAGAUGCAGAGGAAUUUGGGUCCUAUUAACUACUUGGUUAAUGCAGCUGGGAUCAACAGGGAUGGUUUGUUACUGAGAACCAAGACUGAAGAUAUGAUAGCCCAGAUUCACACUAACCUUUUGGGAACAAUGUUGACAUGCAAAGCUGCUGUAAAGAUCAUGAUUCAACAGAAGGGAGGUGCUAUUGUCAAUAUAGGGAGUAUUGUAGGACUUAAAGGCAACUCUGGUCAAAGUGUAUAUAGUGCUACCAAAGCAGGAUUAGUUGGAUUUUCACGCUCUCUUGCUAAAGAAGUAGCAAAAAAGCAAAUUCGAGUCAACGUUGUUGCUCCAGGCUUUAUUCACACAGAGAUGACAGCUCAUUUGGAAGAAGAUCAGUUGAAGAAAGCAAUUCUCCUUGGAAGAUUUGGAGAGCCUCAUGAAGUUGCACAAGCUGUUGUAUUUCUUCUAGAAUCCACAUACAUUACAGGGAGUGUUCUGGUUGUAGAUGGAGGCUUGCAGCUUAUGACCUAAGUACAUUGAAUAAAUGACUGCUUUUAUGUCAUGAUGGUAAUAUAUAAAUACAUACUAAAUAAAGGGAGAGUGUUGGAAAUUGUUUGAAGAUUGAUGUACAUAAUUGUUUUGGUCUUAUUUAGUCAGAGGAGAAAUUCAGCAGCAGUGAAGUGCUAUGUGUGUGUUUAGCUGCCUGAAAGAAUCUGUUUGGUAUUACAAAAUCUGUGUAUGAAACAAUUUGAAAAAGAUCUGGUUUUGAUAUGGUGAUAGCUUUAAUAAUAUGCUGAUAGGUUUUUAAAGCACUGUAUUUUUAUAAAGUCCUGUUUUCUAAUUUGGGAUGGAAUGAGAUUUUAUUUGAAUUACCAUAUUACACAAAGGUUAAUAAAAUGCAGAGACAUGUUUAUUGGGUGGCAGGUAUGCUUGCAUCAAGUUUUUCAAGUAGGGUAAAGAUUGUGAACUGCAAAGUUUUGCAUUCUUAUCAGUUAGUCCCUACAAAGUAGCAAGGAGUUUCCUUUGAGCUUUGUUUGUUUGUACCUAACACUUCAAAGCUAGGAACUUCUAGAUCUUCAGCAUACCUGAAUUGCCUUUAGAAGUUGUAAUUAUAUGCAAUGUGUUUUUAUAAAGACAAAGCCUGCUUGGUUCCAUCCCUGAAUGUAUGCACAGCACUCACUCAAUCCAGUGGCUCUUGUGUGUGCCCAUUGAAGAACUGCUACAGCACUGCAGUUGCUAAUCCUGUCAUAUUCUCAGCUUGAGUUGCACUGCUGAACACUACAGCUGCAGGCCUUGCUGCAUAAGACACUUUGCAAGGACUCAGUGGAUGUUCAGAGCAUCUAUCACUUCCAGAGCACCAAGUCAAGGUGUUUUAUGUUUUGCUCUGUAUCUUCAUGAGCACUCACAGUUCAGCUAUUAAGUUGAUGCUCCCUCAUAUAUAUGCAUAGUCAAUAAAAUAGCCAUUUUACUUUAUUCAAAGCAA